GUCUGAUCAGGGAGGUUGUUUCUUAUUGUAACCUUUUGGGCACGUGUCUUGUCCAGAAUUUGUGACUUUGUGAGGUUUUGUUAUUUAUCGUAAUUCCACGAGUAGUUGCUGUUUAUAGUGUACUUCUUUGAAAUGUCAGUGGACGAAGUCACGGGCGAGAAGUCCGCCACGAAGAGGGCGGCCACCUCGAACGAAAUGGAAGUCGAGGAAGUCAACGGGAUCCAGGGCAAGCCGAUUUCCAGCGUUCCCAAAUCGAAGAGACAGCGAGUCAACCUGAACCCUGUCGAAUUCAGGAAAAUCCCCGUCCCAAAACACAGAUACGGCCCUUUAAAAGAGAACUGGAUGAAAAUAUUCACACCGGUAGUGGAGAACUUAAAACUGCAGAUCAGGUUCAACCUCAAGUCCAGGAACGUAGAGAUCAGGAGUUGCCCUGAAACAGAAGAUAUCAGCCAUGUCCAGAGGGCCGCAGACUUCGUCAAAGCGUUUGUCUACGGUUUCGAUGUCGAAGACGCGCUAGCUCUCCUCCGUCUUGAGAAUCUCUUCGUAGAGACUUUCGAAGUCAAAGACGUCAAGACACUGAAGGGCGACCACCUCUCGAGGGCCAUAGGUCGGCUCGCAGGAAAAGGGGGAAGGACCAAGUUCACGAUAGAAAAUAUUACAAAAACAAGAAUCGUCUUGGCCGACACAAAAAUUCACAUUUUAGGCUCGUUUAACAACAUACAAGUAGCGAUGAGAGCCGUUUGUAAUCUCAUUCUUGGCAGCCCUCCUUCGAAAGUUUAUGGACAGCUCAGGACUGUUGCGACACGGAUGGGUGAAAGACUGUAAAAAGAUACCACUGUAUUUAUUACAAACCUUGUACAUUUUCUAAAAUAUAUUAUGUUUUAUAAAAUAAA